CUUAACCAACCAAAACAAAUCCCGUUCUGUGGUCCCGAAAUUCAGCAAAAAAUGAUUUAAAAUCCCGAAAUUAAAUCAAAAAAAUGUCUCGAGUCAAGUCAAAAGCUGUCACGGAGGUCUGCGGAGACUGUUCCGCCUCAGAUCCGUCGUGGGCGUCAAUUAAUCGGGGAAUCCUCUUGUGUUCGGAUUGCUGUUCCGUGCAUCGCAGUCUCGGACGUCACAUUUCGCAGGUAAAAAGUUUGCGACAAGGCACUUGGGCUCCAACGAUCCUGAAAUUCGUCACGGAGCUAAAUGCGCACGGAGCAAACAGCGUUUGGGAACACACCUUGAACGAAAUUCCCGUUUCUGCGAAGAAUUUCAAGCCGAAACCGUCGCCCAAAGACCCGAUUCACCCAAAUAAGGCGGAUUUCAUUCAAGCGAAACACGUCAAGUUGAUGUACGUGCUGAAGCCAAAUACGGCGCAAAUUUUGAAGGAAAACGAAUGCGGGAGUGUCGAGUUGGAGUUGUCGAAGCAGCUGCACGCGAGUGUUCGCACAACGAAUGUCGAGACGUCGCUCCGGUUGAUUGUGCAAGGCGCCGAUGUGAAUUAUUACAGCAAGGAAAAGGGCUCGACGUGCUUGCAUGUCGCCACGAAAUUCGGGCAAACGUCGCAAGUUGAGUUGCUGAUCGCGUAUGGGGCGAAUGUUGCUGCCUUGGAUGCUCAGGGAAAUAAUGCGAUCGAAAUUGCGAAGGUGCAUGGACAUAAUCAGCUCAGUGAUCGGUUGAUGGAAGCCAUGUACGAAGUGACUGAUAAAUUGUCGUAUUUUUUGUGUGGGAAACGGGCGGAUCAUGCGGCUGGUCAACAUCUCCUGAUCCCCUCCACGAACAAAGUUGAGCUGAACGAACAACUAAAAAUCGCUCGUGGCAAGUUACAACUCGUGCCUAACAAGAUGUUCGAGGAGCUCGUGAUGGAUUUGUACGAAGAAGUCGAUCGUCGCGAGACCGAAGCUGUUUGGUCGACGUCAGCAUUGAAUCCGGAAAUCGGUGCUGUGCCCUUUUUACCCACAAAUCCGCAUCUAAGUGCCACACGCAAUCAAGGAAGACAAAAAUUGGCGAGAUUUUCGCAACAGGAAUUCGCUGGAUUAAUCACGGAUGUCCUGGAAGACUGCAAACGAAGACAAAAUAUGGCGAAUUUAAGACCUCUCGAUGCUCCGAUACGAGAUUCAACGGCUUCGGAUGACGAACCGCUGUACGAUGCGGUCGCUUCGGAUGAUGAUUACGCUGCUUUGGCGCCAAUUCCGCAACAGGCUCUUGUUAAUAAAUCUCCGAUAGUGCCAGCAAAUCCCGAAGUUGACGUCUUAAAGCAUGAAUUACAAAAGUCGAUGUCAACUAUUGACGAGUUAAAGGAGUUAGUUGUCAAGUUAAGCAGCGAGAAUACUGUUCUUAAGGCACGAAUUACGUCUUCCGAUGGAGGAUCGCAACAUGAUGACUCCGAAAACGGUCCCCAAUCCAUGACAAACAGCGUAAUUGUCGACGAAAAGCUCAAUCCACGUCGUCCCGUUAGCAUGUACGAGGCUCGUCAAGCCCCCAAGGAAGCAUCUCCCGUGCCUGGAUCCCAAAGUUUUCAUUCAGCAGCUCCGUCGCCGAGUCACAGCAAGCUCAUGCCUUUGUUUUUGGACGUUCAAAAACGCACCGACAUCAUUACGCGUCGCAUCCAAGAGCUCUGGAAGGAAAUUCAAGACCAAAUGCCGGACUUCAAGAAUCAAGACGUCUUCGUGCCGUGCGCCGAACGCAUUCAUCUUGCCAUCAUGGAUCUCAAUACGAUUUUUCCGCCCGUCAUCCCGCUGGAAAAUGUCAAAAGUGCCCUCGUGCAACUGAAUUCGAACUCGUUGCGGAUCCAAAAAGUGUGUCAUGACCUGCAAAAUGCCAUCGUGAACGACAACUUGAUCCAAUUGGAAUUAUUUUUGCAAGAAGUACGGAAUUGCGCGUAUGACUUGGCAGCGGGCAACAAGACUCUGAUCACGUCGUUCCCGAAAUAAUUUUUUUCUCUCUCGUUUUUUAACUAAUUUUUUUUUCUUCUUCUUUGCGAAAAGUAUUAAACCAAGUAGAUUAAAUUUUAACAAAAAAAUAAA